CUACGCUAAAAUUUUAAAAUGAGCCAAGCCAGCAGCCGCACGGCUGCUAAAACCCUAAACCCUUUCGUUUUACGGCUUGAAAAAACACCAAUCAAACCAAGAAAGAGGAGCAGAAAUGAUCAUAGCCAGAAAGCUCUCUGCUUCAAAAUCCCAAUUAAAGCCCUUUCUUUUCCUCUCUCCCUUUACCCAAUCUUUAGCUUCUCUCUCAAAUACCCAAUUUUACCAAUUCCCAAUACCCUCUGCUCCACUUUCCUUCUCUUUUUUCUCUUCAAAACCCACCAGUUUAAACCCACCGCCGAAACACCAACCUUCUCCUUUGCUCCUCAGUCGUGAUGGAAAUUAUGAAGAUGCCACUCAUCCCACCGCCGUUUGCCCCGGCUGUGGGAUCCACAUGCAGGACUCAAACCCUAAACAUCCUGGUUUCUUCACCAAGCCCUCAAUCAAGGACCCGAAUUACAAAUCUGGGGAGCAUCUCAUUCCCGUUUCAUUGGAAUUCGAAUUCUCAAAUUCCCUGAAAAGGGGUGUUGUUACUGACCCUGAAGGCCCUGCCAAUAAUCCUGGUUCGACCCAAAGCUCGGCAAUGGAGAAACCCAUUGUGUGCGCGCGGUGUCACUCGUUGAGACACUACGGAAAAGUGAAGGAUCCAACGGUGGAGAACUUGUUGCCAGAAUUCGAUUUCGAUCACACCGUUGGUAGGCGAUUGGUGUCGGCUAUUGGAGCUCGCUCAGUGGUUCUUUUGGUUGUGGAUGCGGUGGAUUUUGAUGGGUCAUUUCCGAAAAAGGUAGCCAAGUUAGUAUCAGAAGCAAUUGAGGAGAAUUUCACUGCAUGGAAGGAAGGGAAAUCAGGGAAUGUGCCUCGAAUUGUGCUUGUGGUGACUAAGCUUGACUUGUUGCCCACUUCUCUAUCACCUACUAGAUUAGAGCAUUGGGUCAGACAAAGAGCGAGGGAAGGUGGUGCCGGUGUGAUUAAGAAAGUGCAUUUUGUGAGUGCAGUUAAAGACUGGGGAUUGAAGGAUUUGGUUGAGGAUGUGAUUACAUUGGCAGGGCCUAGAGGGAACGUGUGGGCUGUAGGGAUGCAGAACGCUGGUAAAAGUACAUUGAUAAAUGCAAUGGGGAAGUGGGCUGGUGGAAAUGAAGGGAAGUUAUCUCUUUUGACGGAGGCCUCUGUUCCUGGAACAACAUUAGGGAUUGUCAAGGUGGAGGGUGUUCUUCCUGGGCAGGCAAAGUUAUUUGACACACCGGGGCUUUUAAAUCCACAUCAGAUUACAACAAGGCUAACUAGAGAUGAGCAGAAGCUUGUUCACAUCAGUAAGGAAUUGAAACCAAGGACAUAUAGAGUCAAGGAAGGCCAUUCAGUUCAUAUUGGUGGGCUAAUAAGGUUGGACAUUGAAGAAUUAUCUGCAGAUUCUGUGUAUGUCACAGUAUGGGCAUCUCCAUAUCUUCCCUUGCAUAUGGGGAAAACAGAAAAUGCAAGCACUAUGUUAGAAGACCAUUUUGGUCGCCAAUUACAGCCUCCAAUUGGGGAGAAACGAGUUCAAGAGCUUGGAAAAUGGGUUAGAAAGGAAUUCCACAUCUCUGGCAGCACUUGGGAUUCAAGUUCUGUAGAUAUUGCUGCUGCUGGUCUGGGUUGGUUUGCUAUUGGACUUAAAGGAGAGGCGGUCCUGGGGGCAUGGACAUAUGAAGGAGUUGAUGUUGUUCUUUAUAAUUCUUUAAUUCCUUUUAGAUCACAGAUUUUUGAAGUAGCAGGAUUCACUGUCUCAAAAAUUGUCUCCAAGGCUGACCAGGCUUUAAACAAAUCAAUGCGGCUACAUGAAAACAAGAGAAAAAGAAGCGUUCAUAAUGUAACUGCAGCUGAUAAAUCAUUAUCACUGAUGGUUGAUGCGGGAACAAAUUCUUGCUAAAUUGCGGGUUCAUGGAAGCAAAAAGUUGUGUAAACUAAAAUCAAGUUUGUGAUCAAAAAAGUAUGUGAAGAGGGAAAAAAAGCAGCAACACUCGUCACGAUAUAGAUUGCAGAUCUUGAAUCAUGUUACUUUUCCUUACAUGGCAGCAACAUUUAGAGGAUUUUGUAGUUUAUGAGGCUUAUUUUAUUCUCCCUGUAUAGCAUGAAUACGUGAAAGCUGUGUUGUGAAAGUUGUCCUGUGAUAAAAUAUUAAAUUGGGAAAUGUUUAUGAUUAAAUGCAGUGCUUUUUUUUUUUUUUUUGGCUGGGGUCUUGGGGUUGCUCAUUGUCCUCUGCAUUUGUUCUACCCAAUGCCACUGCUUGUGUAAUAGAAGUAGAACUGUUGUAAACUUGAGCACACUCUAUGUGCCCUUGUAUUGAAAAGUUAUAACUGGCAGCGGCGACCGUUGCAUAUUAUUUUCUCCCUUGUGAAGUCCAUUAUUUGUUUCUUUCA